AUGGUACCCGGCGAUCAGCGUCGCACAGACGACGACGGCGAUGAGGCUGCGACGCCGCUGUGGCUGCUGGAGGUGUCGCCGGACCAUGAGAGCAGUCGCAGCACGCUUAGCGUCGCCCUAGCUGACGUGGACAGAUUCCAGCGAGCCAAUGACGGCGAGACACCUGUCAUCGUGCUCGUCUCCGUCGUUAUCGAGCCAGGAUCCAAACCCGCGACACCGCGCAAGGAGCGGGCGCGGCAUGGCGCCACGGAGGAUCUGAUUCUGCGCAGCGUCGUGCGGCCGAUGCAGGCCAUCGCGGAGAACAGGAAGGUGGCAGCGGAGGCACACAUGGAGCGCAGUGAGAGCAGGGAAGCGGGCCUGUGUGCGGCUGUUGUACACCUGCAGGCACAGCGGCUGUACAUCGGCGUGAAGAGUACGGAACAAGUAACCCUCUCUCCCUCCCCUACUCUCCCCUUCCCUUCCACCCUUUCCCUCCCCUACUCUCCCCUUCCCUUCCACCCUUUCCCUCCCCUACUCUCCCCUUCCCUUCCACCCUUUCCCUCCCCUACUCUCCCCUUCCCUUCCACCCUUUCCCUCCCCUACUCUCCCCUUCCCUUCCACCCUUUCCCUCCCCUACUCUCCCCUUCCCUUCCACCCUCUCCCUCCCCUACUCCUCUCUCAUCCACCCUCUCCCUCUCCCCUCCUGGCUGCCUGCUCGUGCUCACACAGGGCGGUAAACGAGUCAAGGAGCUUAUAGCGAGUACAACAAGCCACGCCACCAGCCAGGGAAGUGCUGCUGCUGCCAGAGGUGGCAGUGGCAGUGCUGCUGGUAAUGCUGCUGCUGCUGCUGCCGGCGGUGGUGGUGGCCGUAGGAGGUCUCAGGAUUCGCCCCAGCACGCACAGCAGCAGCAGCAGCAGCAGCAGCACCAUGAGCAGCAGCAGAACGGAAUUUUUUACCAGGACUAUGAGCAACAGUUGCAAGACGAGCAUUUGGCAGACGAGGAGGAGGAGGAGGAGGAGGAGGAGGGUGCAGCGGAGCUGAAGCGAAGCAUCAGUGCGGGGAAUGAGCUGAGGAACCGACGAUAUAGACCCGGCAUGUACAGCAGCAGCGGUAUCAGUGGCGGCGGCAGCGGUGGGAGAAGCGCGGAAAGAAGCCCGGCAGAAGGAGCAAGGGGAGGGGGAGGGGGAGGGGGUGGUGGGGUGGUGGGUCUUGUGCGGGCGGGAAGCUAUGGGCGGCAUAUAAGGAGUAGGAGCAUAGGAGGCAUGUUUCCCAUCAGCGGCAGCACAGGCAGCCCAGGGAAUAGCAGCGGCGGUGGUGCUGCUGGUGCUGGUGUUGCUGGUGGUGGGGGGAGUGGUGGGAGUGGCAGUGGUGGUGGUGGUAGUGGGGGUGAUAAUUAUGGUGGUGAUUAUAACGAUGAGCCAAGGCCUGGGACGCCCCGGGGAGAGACUGAGAAAGAGGCUCGGUUGCUGGGAGCGUCUAGGUUCGGCCCGAGCCAGGGGAUGGAGGCUCGGCAAGGGGAGAGGGGUCGGCACAACAGGGGGAUGUCUUGGGCUGGUCCUGAGUUAAUGGGGGGAGGGAGUGGGGGGUUCAGAAUUUCACCUGGUGGGGGGGAUGGCGGGGGUGUGGGUGCAUGUGAUGGUGUGGGUGGGGGGGCUGAUGGUGGGGGUUAUAAUGGUGGGCAGUGGCGCUACACUUCUCAUCUUGCUUCCCCUACUUCCGCCGGCCUCCCUCCCAUCCCAUCACCCUCCUCUACCGCCACCUCGCGGCCCAACAUUGCGGAUCAAGUGGUGGCACUGGCAGGGCAGUGGGAGGUGCUUGCACAGAUGGGGGGGGCGAGGCAGGGGGGAGAGGGGGCAGGGGGUGCAGCAGGGGGAGCAGCAGCGGGGGCAGGUACUGCUGGGGGAGGUGGGGCUGUUAGACCGGCUCAGGCGACUGAUCUGUCCUCCCGCCCCCGGCGCACUGUGCCGAAACAUUUCCGGGCAGGUAGCUGGGAUCCGGGCAGGUUGGGCCUGAGUGAGGACUCGUUUUUGGAGAGUGUGAGAGGAGGAGGGACAGCAGGGGCAGGCGGAAAAGGAGGAGGGGGAAGCGGAGGGGGAGGGGGAGGGGGAGGGGGAGGGGGAGGUAGCAGGACUCCCCCCUUGCCUCCGGAAGGGACGGCAGCCGGAGGGAAAGGAGGAGGAAGCUUCCGAAAGGGAAUGCUGCGAAGGAAGGGGAGCGGGCAGUGGGGGGAGGGGCUUGGCGGAUGGAUGGGCGGAGGGGGAGGUGGGGGAGGAGGAAGAAGAGGAGUCGAUGGGGGAUUCGGGGCGGAGAGAGCUAACGGGGAUGAUGGAGAAGAGGAGCAAGGCAACAGCAUGGAAGGAGGGGCGCCCUUGCGCCGUGCUCUCUCCUCCACCUCCCCGGGCCUCUCCUCCUACCCCAUGGAUGCCCAUGCAGGGUUCGCUUCGGGCUUGCUCACUGCUUUCCCUGCCACUGGCUCGCCGGACCUGCCAGGCUCGGCGCCCGGACGUCGCGGUGCUGGUGAGGCUCGGCACAGGCUGCCCAAGAUGCCGUCCAGCAAUGGCCGGCUCGGCGAGGAGGGCCGGCCGGGGCUGCUGGAGGUUGGGCGGGGAGGCGGGGGGUUGGUUCGGGAUUGGAUCCUGGGGCAGGGCCGUGCUGGUGGCAUGGGCAUGGGGCGUGCUGCUGCUGCUGCUGUUGUGGUCAGAUCUAGACGAGGGAGUGGGGGAGCCGGGUAUGAUGCAGAGGUCUGGGAGGAUGGGGAGGAAGAUGAAGAGGAGGGGGAGGAGAGGGACGAUGGAGAAAGGGGCAGGAGUGGGCAGGCUCCUGGGCCUACCGCUGCUGUGGGCAACCAUCCUGUUGCAGACCCCAACGACGAUGCAGGAAGCUGCUCCUCCACCUCUUCAUUCGACUCCACGGAGUUUGUGCGCAAGGUCGCGGAGCGCGCCCGCCUCGCUGCCUCCGCCUCUGCCAACGCUGCCUCUGCUGCUGCCGCCGGUGCUUGCAGCGCAGUAGAUGGGCACCACACACCCACAGACCUCUCCCCCAACAUCACCUCCUCCUCCUCCCUCCAUCCCCCUCCCAGCCACCACUCCUCCUCCCUCCACGCCCCUUCUCUCUCCGACUCUCUCGACCCCUCCGCCCACGCCUCCUCCUCCGCAGAUUGCCGCCGCUUCUCCCUUCCCCAACUCCUCGAAUGCACCGACGGCUUUUCCGACGGGAACCUUCUGGGAAGGGGUGCGUACGGUCCGGUAUACCGAGGCCAGCUGUUCGGGUGCCUGGUGGCAAUCAAGAAACUGGAACAGGGCAGCGACCAAGGUCCGGCGGAAUUCCGAACCGAAGUGGAGGUUCUGAGCAAGGUUCGGCACCCACACAUUGUGCUCUUAAUGGGUCACUGCCCGGAAGAAGCUUGUAUCGUGUACGAAUUCCUCCAGGGCGGGAAUCUCCAGGAGAGGAUUGUCCGGGCGGGGGACAACCCUCCGCCGCCCCUCCCCUGGCACGAUCGAAUCAGAAUCAUAUCGGAGAUCUCCGGCGCGCUGCUCUACAUGCACCGGCAUGACCCGCCGAUUCUCCACCGGGACUUAAAGCCCGACAACAUUCUCCUAGACGCCAACUCCAUCUCGAAAAUCGCCGACGUGGGCCUCGCUCGGCUGAUCCCCAACGAGGUCUCGGCAGUUACCUGGAAGGUGCGGGGCACAGCCGGGUACAUCGACCCAGAGGAGCUUCAAACGGGAGAGCUGUCGGUGAAAUCGGAUAUCUACGCGUUUGGUCUGAUCGCGCUGCAGCUGCUGACAGGGCUGAAGAAUGUGAAGCUGGUACACGGGUUGCUGGCGGCGUGCGGCACGGGCACGAGAAACACCGAGGAGGCGACAGAUUUGAUUGUGAAGAGCCUGGAUCGGUCGGCUGGGAAGUGGCCGGAGAGGCUAGUGAGGCGGGCGACGAGGGUGCUGGUGCGGUGUAUUGAGAGAAGGAGAGUGAAUAGGCCGGAUCUGGGAGGGGAGAUUCACCCGCUGCUGGGGGAGAUUGCAGAGGAGGCGAUGGAGGAGAAGAACAGGCGGGCUAAGGAGCUUGACGGGCGGUUUGUGUGCCCUCUGUCUCAUGUAGGUGUUGCUUUCUUGCUCUCCCCCUCUUUCUCGCUCUCUCCCUCUUUCUCGCUCUCUCCCUCUUUCUCGCUCUCUCCCUCUUUCUCGCUCUCUCCCUCUUUCACGCUCUCUUCACCCACGUAG